AUGCAGACGCCCGCUGCCGUCGCACGAGCGCUGGCACACCACAACCCCAACGCCUCGUCGCUCGCACAGUCCUUCGGAGGCGCACACCGCGAAAACAGGCAGAGCAUGCAGCGCAAACAGUGUUGGUGGCUCCCUUACCUCGUGCUCGAGUUCGACAAGAACGAGAUCCUCAUCGACGCCAUCGGUGGUGACAUCCAGGGCCCUACGUGGAUGUUCCGCGCCCACUUUGACGUCUCGCGUAUCUCGGAGAUCAGCUUGCAGACCUACCUCAGGUCAGGAGACGGUCACACACACCAGCCCGAGGCUAGCCGCGAUGGUCAGGGAGACGACGUAAUGGGCGUCAGCGAUAUUUACUUGGGAGGUGUCAAGUUUGUGCCUGAUUUCGAGAACCAGAGGACGUCGGAUGCGUGGUAUCCGGUGGCAGGUGGCAACGGUCAGAUCCACGUCCAGGUCUCGUACAGGAGCGAUUCGCGGAGCUCACUCAACAUCGACGCCUUCGAACUGCUCAAGGUCAUCGGCAAGGGCAGCUUCGGCAAAGUCAUGCAGGUGCGCAAACGCGACACUUCGCGAAUCUACGCGCUCAAGACCAUCCGCAAAGCUCACAUUGUUUCGCGAUCCGAGGUGACGCAUACGUUGGCCGAACGAACCGUGCUCGCCCAGGUCAACAACCCGUUCAUCGUCCCGCUCAAGUUCUCCUUCCAGAGUCCCGAUAAGCUGUACCUCGUGCUGGCGUUCAUCAACGGCGGUGAGCUCUUCCACCACCUUCAGCGCGAAGGGCGGUUCAACGAGGAGCGAUCUCGGUUCUACGCCGCCGAGCUGCUGUGCGCGCUGGAGCAUCUGCACGGCUUCAACGUCGUCUACCGUGAUCUGAAGCCCGAGAACAUCCUGUUGGAUUACACGGGUCACAUUGCGUUGUGCGAUUUCGGUCUCUGCAAGCUCAACAUGGGUGAUCAGGAGACCACGAAUACGUUCUGCGGUACGCCCGAGUAUCUUUCGCCGGAACUGUUGUUGGGGCAGGGGUAUACCAAGGCGGUGGAUUGGUGGACGCUCGGUGUGCUGUUGUACGAGAUGCUGACCGGACUGCCGCCGUUCUACUCGGAGGAUGUGAACGAGAUGUACCGCAAGAUCCUGCAGGAUCCGUUGCGGUUCGGCGACGAAGUAUCUCCCGACGCGAGACACCUUUUGACGCUGCUGUUGAAUCGGGAUCCUAGUCAGAGGUUGGGUUCGGGUUCGAGUGGAGCGGCGGACAUCAAGGCUCAUCCGUUCUUUGCGAAGCACGUGGAUUGGAAGUUGCUGCUGGCCAAGAAGAUCCCGCCGCCGUUCAAGCCGAGCGUGGCGUCGGCGAUCGACACGAGCAACUUUGACCCCGAGUUUACCAACGAGCCGCCGAUGGAUAGCGUGGUGGAUGAUAGUCAUAUGCUGAGCGCGACGGUGCAGGAGCAGUUUGUCGGGUUCAGUUAUAAUGCGCCGAAUGCGUUGGACCCUGCUUUACCGUUCACCACGAUCAACAGCAUCUACUUCGCCUGCUGUUGGGCGCUGCACCACCAGUAUGUCGUCUUCACUUGCAGCCGAAUCAUCGACAUCCACUAUCCCGACCGCACCCGCAUCCGCAUCUGCGAUGGACCUCGCGCAAUCAACCAUCACCACCCUCACCACCCGUUUCCCCGACAAAGUCCAAAUUCACCUCCACCCAGCCUCCAGCCUACCAGCUUCACUCGACUUGUCCCCGUCAGACCCGCUGCUACCAGUUGCGUUGAUAUGGACGGUGCCGAGUCUUCGGCUGCUACGAUCGUACGGGUUGGUGGGGAGUUUUACGGGGACGUUGGCGCAGUUUCCGCAGCAGAACUUGUUCUUGGGUUUACCGAUUCAACUGCUGCCUGA